UUCGCAGUUAGGGCCACUACUUAAAAACCCUUAUAAGAAACUUUCUCUGCCCGAGUUAUUUAAUCAUCUGCAUCUAUAGUCGUUUAGUUAUUAAUUUAUCUGUAAUUGAACGGUUUAUUCAGAGUUUCCAGAGCGAGCUUGUGUGGUUUUCAUUCAGAAACUCGAGUCCGUCUAGCGUAGUUAGCUAAUAGCUAAGUAGCUGGUCAGCUAGUGUUUGAUAAAUGGAACCAUAGCUUCUCGCAGCUAGCCGACUAACGUUAGCAUCACGGCUUGUCGCGGGUCGCGUUGGAAUGGGUCGUGGAUCAGGGCCCAAGAGGCGCGGUGGACCCAUUGGUCCACCGGGAGAAGAUGGACCUCCAUUCGGAAUGGGUCCACCACCGAGAAGCUGGGGACCGUAUGGUCCUCCGCCGCCCGGAGGAUGGGGACCCAGGGGACCUCCGCCGCCGUGUGGGUGGGGACCGAGAGAAGCGCUGCAUGGUUGGGGGCCUCCUCCAGGCGGCUGGGGUCCCGACGGACCUCCGCCACCCAGCUGGGGGCCGCUCGGCCCGGACAGAUGGGGUCCGGACGGACCCGAUAUGUGGGGUCCUGAUAUGGGUCCGUGGGGACCAGAACAACCUCCGCCGGACCCGGGAUGGGGGCCUGACCUCCCUCCAGACGGGUUUUACGGUCCUCCGGGCCCGAUUCCGGGUUACAUGGCGGAGCCGCCGCUCCCUCCGCCCCCUCCCAUGGGUUUUCCGGCAACAGACCCCGCCGCCUACGGCCCCAUGCCCCUGCCCUCGCCCGCCUACCCGCCGCUGGACUUUGGACCGUCGGCGUAUCCUGGUUACCCUCCGCGGGUGGGCGCUAACGGAUACCCGUACCACCCCCCAGGAUGGACCGGCGAGACUGCUGCUUGUGCGGAGGAGCCACUGGUAAACCCUCCGCCUGAACAACCAGCGUGGAUUAAAGCUCUGAUAUCGGCUCCAGAGAAGCAGACCACUCCUACCCCAGCAGAGCCUCCGCCUGUGGUGCCGUCCCAGCCACCAGUGGAGAAAUCCGCCCCAGUCACCAAGACAGCCCCCGAACCUGAAAAGAAGAAUGUACCACUGGGGCUGCUGGGAAAAAGUACAUUUGAGAAACCUCCACCAGGCAGGUCCACAGGGAUCAUCUCCUUUAUUGGGCCGGCCUUUGGCUACAUAGAGAGGGAGGACCUAAAGAAGUUUACCUUCAGCUUUGAUGCCUUUUUUGGCAACCCCAAGGCCAUGACCCCCGGGGUCAGAGUUCAUUUCACAGCCUGCAAGGAGAAGAACAGUCAGAUAGCCACAGAUGUAAAAGUGGCUCCUGGAGGAACAGAGAAUAUUGACACAGAGAUCUAUGAAGCUGUAGUCAGCCAGCCCAUCGUAGAGCCUCAGCCUGGAGAGAGGCAGUAUCCAGGCCAGGUCCACGUCAACAUUGGCCCAUUGCGGACCAACCUAACCUUCGACAGGAAGGACUCGAAUGUCACGCUCCUGAAGAAUGACCAAGUGCUGAUCAACCUGCUGACAGACAUUGUGACCGAGAAGAGAAGAGCCACAAAUAUCAAACCCAAAAUCCCAGCGACCUACAGCCACACCAAGGAGACAAGAGAACUGGGCGUCAUCGCCAGCCUGAAAGACAGCGAGGGAGUGAUUACAUCUGAGGAACACGGAGAUCUGUCGUUUGACGUUAAAGAGAAUCUGAGUGACGUUGACUUCACCGCUGAGGAUGUGAAUGAGGAAGUCGAGUUCGCUGUCAUCGCGCUCAGAGGAGGAAACCGGGCCAUCAGGAUCAAGAGGGUGAAGGAGCCUCUUCUCCUCACCCUGUGUACCCCCAGUGACACCUCCAGCCAGCUGGCCCAUACCUUUCUGAAAGGGAAGGAGACUCUGCCUAAAGUGGACCUGGAGUCAAACCCCAAGUGGAUAUUGGACACAGAACUUUAUGAAGGAAUAGUCAGUCAACCCAUCAUCGAACCCACGCCUACCAUGCUGGGAUACCCGGGGCAGAUUCAUGCUAACAUUGGCCCCAUAAAGACCAACGUGACCUUCGACCACAGAGAUUGUGGCGUCACGCUAAUGAAAAACGACCAUGUGUUAAUCAACCUGCUGAUCGAUGGGGUCACCAGGAAAAGGAGAGCUGCCAACAUCAAACCCAAAAUCCCCUUCACGUUCACUUACACCAAGGAGAAGAGAGAGAUGGGAACCAUAACGUGCCUCAAUGAGAAAGAAGGUCUACUUAAAUCAGAGCAGCAUGAGGAACUUGCUUUUGAUAUCACGGAGAACUUCAGCGACACUGAGUUCAGCAUCGAUGACAUCGACAAAGAGGUGGAGUUCACUGUGGUCACAGUGAAGGAGACCAAGAGAGCCAUCAGAUUAAGGAGAUUGAGGAAAGGGGAGGAUAAAAUCCUGGUGGAGCAAAAGAAGCGUGACGAGGAGGAGAAAAAACAUCGAGAGGAGGAGAAGAGAAUGGAGGAGGAAGAGAGGCUGAAGGAAGCAGAGAAGAAGAAGGAGGAGGUGGCAGCAGCACUAGCAGCAGCCAAGGACAAGUGGACUCCACUGGGCUUCACCAAGCCUGAUCCUGAUACAUCUGAUGACAUCAGCAAGGAGAGGUUUGAUGGGACAGUCCUCAGAGCCAUUUCAAAAACUCCUCACAGAGAGAUCAAGAAGGAGGUAAAGGUUAAGGUUGACGGGGAAAUAGAGGAUGAAGGUGAGGGAGUGGUGGAGAAGGAUGGAGGAGAAAAGAAGUGGGAAGGGAAACAAGAAGAGGAGGAGAAGUUGGUAGAUGAGCAGAAGGACCAGCAGUGUGAAGGGGGUUCGGUGCGGGGUCUUUUGGUGAUGACCGUGGCUGGAGAACAGAAACAACUUCCAUUCAGACCAGAGGACCUCCUGACCACUGCCACCAUGCUGGACGGAGACAAGGUACGGUUUAACAUCGCCACUCGCCCAGAGACUAAAGAGGAGCGCGCCACUUACAUCGAAAUCCUCCCCGACUCAUUUGAAGAAUCCACAGAGCAACGCAGACAGGGCAUUGUGAUUGAGUUCUCUGAAGACUCGGGGCUCAUCAAAUGUUCUCAGAAUCCACAGCUUUACUUCCGCCUGUCAGAAGUUAUAGAGAGGAAGAAACUUCAGCUGAAUGAGAAGGUGGAGUUCAGCGUUGUCCCCCAUGAGACAGCUGAAGGGGGUCACCAGGCCAUCAGGAUUAAGCGGUUCACUGAGAGCGUCUUCUUCCCUGUCCGCAAAUUGGCGGGUGUAGCGCCAACCAAAGGAAAGAUGACCAUCAAGCUAUCAAAAGAACCAAAGGAUACUGAGGACUCUGGAAAAGUCAAACCAGAGACCGAAAAACUCAAGGCAGUAGUGAAAAUCCUGAGAGCUCAGGACAGCAAGACCACCGCCAACCGAAAGGACCGCAGCAGCAGUCGCCGUAGAUACGCUGAAAGCAGGAGUAGGAGCAGGAGUAGGAGUAGAGAGAAGAGUAGAAACAGGAGUCAGGUUAAAGACCAGUUUGGUCGUUACAUUGAUAGGAAGCGCAGCUCCAGCUGUGAACGUCAUAGCAGUCGGCACCGGAGGAGCAGGAGCCUGGAGAAGUCCCGCAGGAGGAGCCACAGUCGGAGCCGUAGUCAUAGCCGGAGUAGGAGCAGGAGCAGAGAGAGGAGCAAGGACAAAGCAAGCGGAAAAAGUAACAAAAGCAGCAGGGAGCCCAGACGAGGAGGCACCGUUGAUGACGAGCUGGCCAGAAAGAAACGUGAGCUAGAGGAACUGAAUGAGAUGAUCGCUUACAAGAAGUCUCUGGUAGACCUAGAACCCCGAGGACUGGAUCCAGGACAGAGGACCUGCAUUGAUUAUGACCAUGGCAGGAUCGCCGUUCCAUUGACCGAGUACAAACCGGUCCACUCCAUUCGGAAGAGACGACCUGACAGUUCUGAUUAUCGCUACGGUCCCUCUCCUCACGAGUAUGACCCAUACAGCAGUCCGUACCAUGACCGGCUUUACACUGGCCGUUAUGGCGACCGCCCCUAUGGCAGUCGUCACUAUGUAGAACGUUUAUACAGUGACCGUCCCUAUGAUGACCGCCUCUGUAGUGACCGUCCCUAUGGCAGCCAACCUUACGCAGAUCGCUAUGAUGUUUAUGAUGACCCCUAUGAUGAACGGUACCCUGACACAAUGUACAGUGAAAGAGGCUAUGAUUCUCCAUAUGAUCCGCCUCCCACCAAGCUGAGUCGGCCUUCGGAACCCCAUGCAACCCACAGUCCCUCCCCAUCUCCUCAGGCCAGCCCAGCCUCUGUCUCCACCUCCUCCACACACCAGCCUCCUUCAACAACUCUAUCUCCUAUCACUUCCCUUACUGAUGCUCAGUCUGUCCAGCAGCAGCCUGCAUUCAGUCAGGUUCCUUUCAGACCCCCCUCUCCCAAAGAACCUCCUCCCAGAAGCCCCUCCCCUAUACCAAACAAACCCCAGAUCCAGCCCGCCCCUCGCCAGUCAUCUCCAAGUCAGAAACCAGCACUGAGCCGCUUCUUGGACCUUCUCAACAAAGGGGCGGCUCCUACUGUGACGUUUCCGGCUGAAAAGGAAAUGCUUUGUGAACAAGUGGAGAAGAGUUACAAAUUACCUGAUGAUGAUGAUGACCUGCUGCCUCAUGAGAGAGCGAUCCAAGAUGGGAGUGGCUUCUCUCGGAUUUUGGGUUUGGCUGCAGAACAGCCCAACAGUGCACUGCCAGAAGAGGAGAAUAAAAAAUUAGACCCCAAGAGGUCAUCAGUGGAGAGAACCAAUGAGGAAAGCAUGAGUAAGUCAGAACCCUACAACAAGAUCCAGAGCCUCCUCCGCACCAUCGGUCUGAAGUUGACAACAGGAGACGUUUCCAAGCUGGCCAGCCGAGCUCAGGAGAAAUUGUACAGCAGCAAGGAGCAGUCUGCAUCAGCAGAGUGCGAGCUCAAACACUUUUCAUCCAAAGGGGAACAGUGGAGAAGCAGCCGAAGUGCCUCCUCAGAGUCUGACAGCAUCCGUUCUCCUACCCUGGACCAGCAGGAGCAUGAGGCGCUGAGGACGGCUAAACAGGGUCUUACCCAGGCCACGGGCACACCUGAAUACCUACCCCCCACCCCUCUAGCUGCACUGUAUCAACAACAAUUGACCAGCGCCUCCCAGUCACCCCCACUUUAUAGCUGGCCAUGUGCAGUCAAGAGCUCACCAGCAGACAGUAUAGACUUUCCAUCGACUUCGACAAUUUGUCAACCAGCCCAAAGGUAUGGACCCCCUCCCGGGCCUCCUCCUGGACCUCCCCCACGCCGCCCACCUGGAUACCCCCCUUUUGCUCUACCCACCAGUCAGACUAGCACAGCCCUUCCUUUUAUAGGCCUGCCUCCAGCAGCAGUACCACCUGGCUCCUCCCAUGCCUCAUUUCCUUCCUCAAGUACCCUGGGAAUACCAGUUCCUUCUGCACCCCAAGCAGUUCCCCUGGCGCUCACCACUUCAAGCCCUUCUUCUGAGGACCCCCAGCAGUCAGUCAUCACCACCACUGUGGCCAGGUGUCUAAAGGUCAUUGAAACGGUGAAAUCUCUGGCUGCACAUCCAACAGCCAAACCUGUCAAAUCAGUCCAGUUUAGUUUACCAGUAGAGUCUCCAUCAGCCUCCAGUGUAAAGAGCUCUGCAGAGAUGGAUGAUGAUGUCAAGGCCAAGCAGAAGGAAAAGUUGGAACAGUAUAACCAGAGGAUUCUGGAGAAGAGAGAUCAGCAGUUUAAGGAGAUUCAGAGUCGCAGGAAGAAAGGAGAAAAAAUGGACAACCCUGUGAUGUCACCAGGCAAGCCAGUCAGCAGUGAGCCAAAGAGCGUUUGGAUCUGUGGCCACUCGCUGGUCUACUGGGCAGAGUCAAGGGCCAAGUCUCCAGAGGUAGGUAUGCAGCUGGGCAUGGACCCCAGCAACGUGGUCAUCUGGUGGAAGGGUAUACAGGGCAUGACAUGGCCCCAACUGCUACCCCUGCUCCACCAGCUGAAGGUGAAGUGGCCCAACCCAGAUGUGCUCAUUAUGCACUUGGGUGGCAACGAUUUGAGCACCGACAACCCCACCGACCUCCUGACGGCGGUCAAGAAAGACCUGACCUCCAUGAGGACCAUCUUCCCCGAGUGUCUGCUAGUCUGGUCCAACAUUCUGCCACGGAGAGUGUGGCGCCACUCGGCGGACAACCAUGAGGUGGACCUGGUCAGAUCCACUGUCAACCGCAGGAUUCACAAUGUCAUCAGCGAGCUGGGUGGCACCUCCCUUUCACACGACAACAUCCGCUGCGGAUCCAACACCGGGCUUUACCGAGCAGAUGGGGUUCAUCUGUCUAACAAAGGCAUUGACACCUUCAAUCUGAACCUGCAGGACUUCCUGGAGAAAUGGGAGAUGGACACAAACAAAGUUGGUGAUAAGAGCUGAGAGGUUUAAGUUUUCUUCUUUUAUUAUGUUUUUUUUUUUAAUUCCUUGUGAAAGUCAUGAAAUCUAGCUAGGAAUUGUAACUACUUUGUCAAGAGUAAUGCAGUUCUAUCACAACAGUAUCAAAAUAGCUUGUAGUAUUGUUUUAGCUUACUCCUGUACAAGCUAGUGUGUAGCUAAAAUUCAUGAGAAACAUGUAGCUGCAUCUUUGAAGGAGUCUGACUGGACACAAUAAAGAACUGAAAUUGU